GUCCAUGGUGAGGACCACAGGGAGGUGCUGAUGGAUGGGCUGAGGAGGAAGGAGACCCCGUGGGGGAGGCUGUGACAGGGAAGGACGUGCCCUGGGUCACCUCACCUGCAAGGGGUGUCUCAGAAGGCUCUGGGUCUGUUUCCUGAUUCGUCAUAGAAGCCACAGCCAGGCUGCCGGGAAGACGUUGUUCCCCUUCCUUGUGGCUGCUGACGUGGCCGCCGUGACAACCAUGAGACCGGCAGGGCCAGCCUCUCAGUGGCCACACCCUGUGCGUCUGUACUUACAGUGCCAUGGGCUCCAUCUACACACUCGGGACCGGAUCGAGAAGACGCCAUGACCCCCACCCUCACGGCCCUGCUCUGCCUCGGGCUGAGUGUGGGCCUCAGGACCCCGGUGCAGGCAGGGCCCAUCCCCAAGCCCACCCUCUGGGCUGAGCCAGGUCCUGUGAUCCCCUGGGGGAGCCCAGUGACUAUCUGGUGUCAGGGGACCACAGGGGGUGUGACGUAUGAUCUGGAGAAAGAGGGAAGCCCAUCAUCAUGGAAAAGAGAGAAGCCACUGGAGCCUGGGGACAAGGCCAAGUUCUCCAUCACUUACAUGACAGAGAGUGAUACAGGGAUAUAUCGCUGUCUCUAUCUCAGCCCUGCUAACUGGUCAGAGCGCAGUGACCCCCUGGAGCUGGUGAUGACACAGGCCCCCAAACCCACCUUCUGGGCUGAGCCAGGCCCUGUGAUCCCUUCUGGGAGCCCCGUGACCAUCUGGUGUCAGGGGACCCCACGGGCUGAGGAGUACCGUCUGGAGAAAGAGGGAAGCCCAGCACCAUGGAAAAGACAGAAGCCACGGGAGCCCGGGGACAAGGCCAACUUCUCUAUCACACACAUGACAGAGCGUGAUACAGGGAUAUAUCGCUGUCUCUAUCUCAUCCCUGCUGGCUGGUCAGAGCGCAGUGACCCCCUGGAGCUGGUGGUGACGAUAGGAUCCUACAGCAAACCCAGCCUCUCAGCCCUGCCCAGCCGUGUCGUGACCUCAGGAGGGAACGUGACCCUCCAGUGUGGCUCAGGGCAGGGAUUUGGCAGGUUCCGUCUGACUAAGGAAGGAGAUCACAGGCUCUCCUGGGCCCUGGACUCACAGAGACAGCCCGGGGGGCAGUUUCAGGCCAUGUUCCCUGUGGGCCCCGUGACCCCCAGCCACAGGUGGAGGUUCAGAUGCUAUGGCUGCUACAGGAACACACCCUACGUGUGGUCAUUCCCCAGUGAUCCCCUGGAGCUCCGGGUUCCAGGAUCCUCUGUGGACCCCAGCUCCCUACCCCCAGAGCUCACCUCCACGACUGGAUCCUCUGGGGACCCCAGCUCCCUACCCCCAAAGCUCACCUCCACGACUGGUUUUCAAAACUUCCAUGAAAUUCUGAUCGGAGUCUCUGUGGCCUUCAUCCUGUUGCUCUUCCUCCUCCUCCUCCUCUUCUUCCUCCUCAAGCAUCGGAACAAACGCAGCAGGUCAGGUGCUUCGAACCUUGAAGUGAAGACCAGAGCACUGCAGAAAAGCUCCAGCUCCAUGGUUGAUGUCCAGGAGCAGAACCAGUGUGCCAGUAAUCGUGGAGAAGGUGAGGUCUUUGUGGGGCAUCAGGGCAGGAGGAGUGCUUGGGAAGGCUUCUGGGCUUAGGGAUGAGGAAGCAUGAAAGUCCCAAAUAUGUGUGAUCCCAGGCACAUCCCCGCCCCUCAAGGAACCUCAGUCUUCCCACCUAAAUUUCAAGGAGAGUGUGGGAUUGGG